UUCCUCACUUUUAAAGUUAGUGAGCUAUGAAUUGUAUCGUAUGCUUUUCUGAAUUAUUUACUAUUUAACUUAACUCAAAAAUGGUGAUAACACGCAGUUUAGCCAAAUCGAUGCAGAUCGAAAAGCCAACAGAUGCUGAAAAAACGGAGGCCACAUCUGUUAAGAGCCGAGCAGCAACAUUCAAGAAACCACCUGCCGCCAAGAAGCAGGUUAAGGAACUGCAGACUGUUGAGGAAAUCCGAAUCCCUCUUGCCGCACAAACAUCUAACGGAAAUAGACGUGCUACCAAAGGUAAAAAUGAGAAAGCUGGAAAAUUUCAAUUGGAUGCCAAGCCGGCUUCCAAAGAGAGUCCCUGUGCCCUGAAACGGGAACAAGAGACCAAAGAGAAGGAUCAGCAAUCUACUAAGAUAAAAGAAAAGCCAAUCGAAAAGCCAGCCAAGAAGAAAAUGGAGGAGUCCCUGAAUGCAUCGCCCGUAAAAGACACCAAUAAGGAAAAUAAGCUCAUGGCUUCUGACCAGACGAUCAUGCCCGAAGAAUCCUCUCCAGAUGUACCGAAGAAAAAACCAGUUAAGAUCAUCAAGAAAAAAAAAGUCAUCAAAAAGAUACAAGGCUUAGAAACAUACUAAUAUUGUGUUUAAACAUAUUCAUAUUUUGGUUUUAUUGUUUAGUUAUUUGUUAAAAAUUUGUUUUUGUUAUAUCCAAAUACAGUGUACAACGUUGAUAAGCCCAUGAAUUGGGGAUAAAAAAA